UAUCAUCCAUUCACUAGAAAGAUAAGCAAUUCACUUCUCACUUUCACUGAACAAACAGAGCAGAAAAAUGGCUGCUCUAAGUUUUGGUGUUGCUCAUUUACGUUCAUACACAACUUACUCAUUCACUAAGUUUUCAAGACCAAGAAUAUCCUGCAAUUGGGAUCCAGAAGGUGUAUUUAGACAACCUCCUCAAACAGGGCAUUUAGCAAGGUUAGAAUUCAAGAGACGUCUAGAAAAAGAUUCAGAAGCGAAAGAAGCUUAUGAGCGUCAGUUGAGGGAAGAGAAAGAACGUCGAGAAUCUGUUCGGCAGUCUCGAGUUGUUCCGGAUACAGAUACAGAGUUGAUAGAGUAUUUCCUUGAUACUGAGGCUCAAGAAAUCGAAUUUGAGAUUGCUAGAUUGAGGAGCAGAUUGAAUGAUGACUUUUUCAAACAAUUACAAUCUGAAUUGGGGCAACUUCGUUUCGCUAUGGCGAAAACUGAGGACAUGGAGGACAGGAUAUUUGAGCUAGAAGCAUUGCAAAAGGCUCUUUUAGAAGGAAUUGAAGCAUAUGAUAAAAUGCAGAAUGAGCUUGUAAAAGCAAAGCAAAGUCUUACCAAGAUCUUUACGUCCAAGGAUGUUAAUUCAACUUUACUGGACAUGGUUGAGCAGAACGAGCUGAAUAGGUCUUUAGUGACACUUCUUGAUGAGAACAUAGCAAGUGCAUAUAGGAGUAAUCAGAACCAAGCUGCGGAAUACAUGGAGAAGCUCCGUGCAUCUGUUCUCAAAUAUGUAACAGUCUAGUGAUUGUGAUUCAACGAAGUUUAUGAGCAUAAUUUGUUCGAUCAUUUUACUUACUGAUUCCAAUCGACCUUGAUAUGUAAAUCUAAAUUUUUGUGUAAAAGAAAAACAUUGAGAUAUAAUAUUCGGGAGUUUUCUUACCGUGUUGAUCUAGAUAUAGGAGUUUGCAUUAUUCCAUGUUCUUGAACCACAAGAUUGUAAGAUACCAAAUCAGUCGUUAGAACAUUGGAUUAUUCUGUAAGCUUAAUUAUGCAUUAUCAAUUU